GCAAUUGAAAGAACGCUUUCCUUCCAAUUUCUCUUUCAUCUUGGGCGUCGAAGGUUCUUGGGGACGAUGGAGGACGAUAAGCUUGUAUGGGCGCCCGACACUGCCAACGGAUUCUUACUCGGCAAAAUAGCAGAUAUUGGGGCAGACCAUAUAUCAGUCGAGCCUUUAGAUGGGAAAGGAAAGGUCAUUAAAGCCCCAUACAGCCGUGUUUUUCCAGCAGAGGAUGAUCUUACCCAUGAUGUUGAUGACAAUUGCUCUCUGAUGUACCUAAAUGAAGCAACCCUGUUACACAACUUGAAAAUAAGAUACAAAAAAGACCAAAUCUACACUUACGUUGCGAACAUCCUUAUUGCAGUCAACCCUUACCAUGAGGUUGGCCAUUUGUAUAGCAUGGACUCUAUCAAGAAGUACAAAGGAAAAUCUAUUGGCGUUCUUCCUCCUCAUGUUUUUGCCAUAGCUGAUAAAGCAUAUCGUGAGAUGAAGACAUACAAAGAGAGUCAGUCAAUUAUUGUUAGUGGUGAGAGUGGUGCUGGCAAGACUGAAUCAACAAAAUUCAUUUUAAGGUACCUUGUUGAUACAGUUGGUGCAGGUGAAACUGGAAAUAUUGAAAAAAGGAUUGUGGAAGCAAACCCACUUCUUGAAUCAUUUGGAAAUGCAAAAACAAUGAGAAACAACAAUAGCAGUAGAUUUGGUAAAUACGUUGAGGUGCAUUUUGAUGGAAAGGCAAAUAUUGUUGGUGCGUUCAUUUCUCAUUAUCUGCUGGAAAAGUCACGUGUAUGCAAGCAAAGCAAAGGAGAGAGAAACUACCACGUGUUUUACAGAAUUUGCACAGGAGCUCCUGAUGACAUGAGAAAAGCUCUCAAGCUGUUAAACCCAGAUUCCUUCAAUUAUCUUAAAGGAUCGCCUAAGACUGCAGAGCUGAAUGAUGCCGCCGAUUUCAAACGAAUGGACCAGGCAAUGGACGCUGUUGGCAUAAGUACACAAACGAAGAUGGACAUUUACCGUGUUGUAGCGGCAGUUUUGCACCUUGGAAAUGUGGAAUUCCAAGAAAACACGAAGGACAAGAAAGGAGGUUGUGAAGUAGCAGAGAAGUCGGAAGCUGUCGUGAGCGAUGUUGCCAAGCUGCUUGCCGUUGAGCCGGCCGAGCUGAAAAUGUCCCUUGCAACCAGAAUUAUGACGACAACAAAAGGCGGUGGAUUUGGCACCAUGUACAAGGUACCGCUGAAGAUCGAGCAAGCCUGCGCCGCUCGAGAUGCCCUCGCAAAGGCGAUCUACUCAAAGUUGUUUGACCACAUUGUCUCUUGCAUCAAUCAGUGUUUUCCUUUCAAGUCGUCAGAUAGUUUCAUAGGUGUGCUAGAUAUUGCAGGCUUUGAAUUCUUUGAGGUCAACAGCUUUGAGCAAUUUUGUAUCAAUUACUGCAAUGAAAAACUCCAGCAAUUUUUCAAUGAACGAAUCUUACGGCAGGAACAAGAACUUUAUGACAAAGAAGGACUUGGGGUAAAAACAGUUUCCUAUGUCGACAAUCAAGAUUGUAUUGAUUUGAUUGAAGCAAAAAAUGUUGGAAUAAUGGAUCUACUUAAUGAAGAGGGCAAGCUCCCUAAGUCUUCAGAAGAGCAUUUUACUGCAGAGGUACACCAUAAGUAUGCCAAGCAUUUUAGAUUAGCGCUGCCCAGAAAAUCCCCGCUACAAGCACAUCGGAAACUCAAGGAUGACCAGGGCUUUAUCGUCAGACACUUUGCAGGCGCAGUGUGCUACCAGACUGCAGGUUUCUUGGAAAAGAAUGACGAUGCGCUGCAUGGAAGCCUGGAAGCGCUGAUCCACGAGAGCAGAGAUCCUUUCAUCCUAAACCUGUUCCCAGCUGGAACUGCCAAAUCGAAAAAGAAGCUUAGUUUCGAGAGCGUCAGUAGUAAGUUCAAGAGUCAGCUUGGAUUGUUGAUGGAAAAACUCAAAAGCACAGGGUCCAAUUUCAUUCGGUGCAUAAAGCCAAAUGACAAAAUGAAAAGCAAGGACUUCGAAGGCGGCCAAAUCCUCAGCCAACUUCAAUGCGCAGGGAUGGUGUCUGUCCUCGAGCUGAUGCAGAAUGGAUAUCCGUCCAGAGCAAACUUUAGCAGCCUUUACGAAAAAUACAAAAAAUAUCUACCGCCAAAACUCGCCGCUCUUAACGCAAGAACUUUUUGCCAGGCACUGUUUCGCGCUAUUGGAAUAGGAAACGACGACUUCAAGUUCGGAAUGUCCAAAGUGUUCUUUAGACCUGGGAAAUUCGCAGAGUUUGAUCAGCUCAUGAAAUCUGAUCCUGAGACGCUGAAUGCGUUAGUUGCCAAAGUUCAAAGAUGGAUAGUUUGCAACCGGUGGAAGAGGUCUAUAUGGGGAGCUGUUUCAGUGCAAAAGCUUGCAAACAAGAUCAAAUACAGAAGGGAGAAGAUUGUGAAAAUCCAGAAAACUGUCCGGAUGUUCCUUGCCGUGUCUCGUCAUAGACCAAGAUACAAAGGAAUAAUGAAGAUCAGAAGGCUGGGAGCCAUGGUCGCUGAGCUGUACAAGCAUGCAUCGUUCUUGAAGAAAGACAAAGAUUUGGUAUCAAGCCAGGUGAAAUCCCUUGACAGUGAUUUGGAGUCGCUGAUUAAACAAAUAAAGAAUACAGCGAUGAAAGCAAGUGAAAUUGACACAGCACACAAUAACUUACUAAACAGAAUGGCAUCACAAAUGAAUGAUUUGGAAAAACGCAUGAAAGCGCAGAAGGAAGAAGAGCGGCUAAAAAAGAUUCAAGAACAAAUGGAAAUUGAAAGGAAGAGGCGAGAAGAGGAGGAAAGAAAGAGAAGGGAAGAAGAGGCGGAACGAAAGAGGAAGAUUCAACUGGAAGAGCAGCGAAGACUCGAAGAGGAAGAAUUUGAAAGAAGAAGAAAGGAAGAAGAAGAAGCAAGUCGAAAACUAAUUGAAAAACUAAAAGCUGAAGAAGAGGCCGCGGAAAAAGCAAGAAAAGCCCAAGAGGAGCAAGAGCGUAGAGAUUAUGAAUUAGCGAUGCGUCUUUCCACGGAAGGGAACAAUGACGUGAAAGUAAAGGAUCCUGAAGUGACUGUUGAAGAUGUACAACCAGCAAAGCCAAACAAAACGGUCAACAAAAACAGUGAUCUGCGAGCCAUGAAAUACGAUGAGUUGAGGCACAUAAUUAACACAUCAACAGAUAUCCAGGUCCUUGCUGCUUGCCGCGCGGAAUUUCAUCGCCGUUUGAAAGUCUACCACGACUGGCGCAAAAAGAAUGCCCAGAACAGAACAUCAAAUGUUUCUCAGCAAAGGGCUCCUGUUGAAGUCAUUAGAAAUGCUGAAGAGGCCGCUCUGUUGCCGGGAAAACAACAAGAGCCUGCACCUGUUGCCAAAGUCAAAGAUGAGCCUCCACAGAGGUUCUUUCGAAUCCCAUUUGCAAAGCCAGCUGAUCAGUACAGAAACAGCGAAUAUAGGAAAUGCGGAUGGUGGUAUGCCCAUUUCGAUGGUGAAUGGAUUGCAAGGCAGCUGGAGAUUCACCCAAAUGGCGUUUUGCUGUUUGUUGCCGGAAAGAAUGACCUAGAAAUGUGUGAAUUGAGUUUAACUCAAUGUGGCCUGACAAGGAGGUCAGGAGCUGAGAUAACACGCAGUGAAUUCGAGGCUGAGUGGCAGCGAUAUGGGGGCACCAAUGCAGAAGUCAAGGCCAAGCCAAGAAAAUAGUCGAGAAAAUAGUCGAGAAAAUAGCCAAUAAAAUAGCACAAAUGCUAUGAGAACCAUUUUAAAGAUACCGAAAGUCAAAGACUAAGGAAAGGGAGAGAAAUUAUAAAUCAUUGUUGCUGGACAACUAAAUCCAUGUUUAAUUUUUUUUAUGGGGGCACUUUGAUUAUCUUUAAGAAAAUUAUGCAAUUUCUGGACCCGAAUUUAUUAGCAAUUUUGUUCCCUCCUUAGCUCAUCUACAUUGUUUCCUUAUUUUGAAGUAAUUCAAAUACAAUUUCAUUGCAGCAACAGCACUUUUAACUUGGGGCAAAUCAUUUAAUUUAUUUCUAUCUAACGGGUUAGGGACUGUUUGUGAAAAUUUCUUAUUUAGAGAUAUUGAAUUUAGAUUGUGUAUUGUGAAGUAGUUUAUGGUCGAGUUUCGUAUUCUUUGCAAGGUCAUGGGCCGUUCAUCGCAUUUUCUUAAAUUGACCAUCUUCGUUGCAAUACUCUUUAACCGUUGCCAUAAUUUUGGAGACAGCUAAAAACACUUUGAUCAAUUUAAGCCACGUGAACUCGUUGUUAAGUAAGAAUUAGCAAAAUUAUCCAAAGUUCACAAAAAGGAAUCUUUUCCACAAGGGAGAAUCGAAAUCAGAUGAAAUUUGCGUGUUUGCCUGUAUCCUGUGCUCUAGAUCUAGUUCCUUCAGGUCGGGGGUCGGAAGUACGGGCUAAUUCGAUGAUUCAAAGCAAUUCACACGAUUUUUACAGACCGAACUUAGGAAAGCAUCAGUUCUUAGCAAUUUUUUCGGAUCUUGAACCUUUGCUAGAAUAAAAAUCAUUUCUGCAACCUCAAGACUGCCUGCGUUUUCUCAAAAUCAGUAGUCCCUCUCGAUGUUGCUCGAUUUUUAAGAAAAUUUGCGUAACCUUGUAACCUACCAGACGUCUACGUAAAUUUACUUUAUCCAUGAACAAUGUCAAUUA